AUGCACUGUGUGGCUGCGAGCACAACAGUAGUCAUGCACAACCCUGCUGCGGAAAUUGUGGCAGGAUACCCAGGUGGAAGUGUGGCAGACAAAGAUGCCAACCUAGAGACAACCUUGGGGAGUGCCUACUCUCCAGUGGACUACAUGAGCAUCACCAGCUUCCCCAGGCUUCCGGAGGAUGAUGUGAUGUCGGGGGAAAACACCCUGAAAUCUCGAAAGGAUGAUGACAACGUCCUGAGUGAACAAGACACAGACCCAGAUCUGUUUCUGAAAUCGGCUCGCCUCCAGCGUCUCCCCUCAUCAGCUUCAGACUUAGCUAGCCAUGAUAUCGCGUCACUGCGGGAGACCACCAGAGACCCCUUUACAGAAGACUGCGCCUGCCAGAGAGACGGUCUGACAGUCAUCAUCACAGCCUGUCUCACCUUCGCUACAGGGGUCACUGUCGCUCUCAUCAUGCAGAUCUACUUUGGAGACCCACAGGUCUUUAACCAAGGAGCGGUGGUGACAGAUGUGGCUCAGUGUACGUCUCUUGGGUUCGAUGUUCUGGGGAAGCAGGGCUCCAGUGUUGAUGCUGCCAUCGCUGCGGCCCUCUGUUUAGGAAUUGUCCACCCUCACACCUCUGGUAUUGGAGGAGGGGGAGUUAUGUUGGUGCAUGACAUCCGGAAGAAUGAGACGAGGGUUAUUGACUUCAGAGAGACAGCACCGUCUGCUAUCCAUGAGGAGAUGCUGCAAACAAACCUUAAUCAUAAUCCUGGCCUGCUUGUGGGAGUACCAGGCAUGCUCAGUGGGAUGCAUCAGGCACAUCAGCUCUAUGGCAGGAUGCAAUGGAAGGAUGUGGUUGCCAUGGCAGCAGAUGUGGCCAAAAAUGGAUUCAAUGUUACUCAUGACCUAGCUGAAGCUCUGGCUAAAGUCAAGAACCAAAAUGUUUCGGAUGCAUUUCGGGAUUUAUUCCUCCCCAACGGCCAGGCUCCCCUUUCUGGAUUGUUCACCAGACGCCUUGAUUUAGGGACCAUUUUGGAUGCUGUCGCAGUCAAAGGGAUAUCAGAGUUCUACAGUGGAAAUCUAGCACUGGAAAUAGCGGCUACAGUGCAAGCACGAGGCGGCGUGCUCUCAGAAGAUGACAUUGGAAACUACAGCACAGUUCUACAGAAGCCAGCAGAGAUCACCUAUCAGGGACACCACGUGAUGGCGGCCCCGGCCCCCCAUGCUGGCGUUGCCUUGAUCACAGCACUGAACAUCCUCGAGGGCUAUAACAUUUCCAGCCAGGUUCCCAGGAACAGCACCUACCACUGGAUUGCAGAGGCUGUGAAAAUAUCUCUGGCUCUGGCUAGUGGCCUGGGAGACCCGAUAUACGAUGCUUCUGUCUCAGAGAUUGUUGCCAAGAUGCUGAGUAAAUCACAGGCGUCCCUACUCCGCCAGAUGAUCAACGACACUCAGGCGUUCCCUGUCAGCCAUUAUACCACUUCAUUUACCUUGGAGGACGGUGCAGCAGCUGCCCAGGUCAUGGUCAUGGGCCCAGACGACCACAUCGUGUCAGUCAUGAGCUCACUGAACAAACCAUUUGGCAGUGGGAUUGUGACUCCUUCAGGAAUCCUUUUGAACAGCCAGAUCCUGGACUUCUCCUGGCCAAAUAAAACACUGAGCUCAUCACCUAAUCCUCAUAACAGCCUCCAACCUGGGAAAAGACCCAUGUCCUUCCUGAUGCCUACAGCAGUGAGGCCGGCCGUGGGGUUAUGUGGCACAUAUGUAGCCGUUGGAUCUUCCAAUGGAGAGAAAGCUCUCAGUGGCAUCACACAGGUGCUGAUGAAUGUUCUGUCUUCACGUAAAAACAUGAGUGACAGUUUAGCGUACGGGAGACUCCACCCACAGCUGCAGCCAAACACACUCCUGGUGGACUCUGAGUUUUUGGAUGAAGAUGUGGAGCUGUUACAGGCUAAAGGACACAAAGUUGAGAGGAUCGAUGUUCUCUCAUUGGUGGAGGGCACACGGAGAACCAAUGAUCUCAUUAUUGGGGUGAAGGACCCCCGCAGUGCUGACGCCUCCGCCCUAACUAUGUCCAACAUGCCUUAGUGCACUUUCUGUCCUAUUCUCACCCAGUAUCUUGGAAAGGGUAAAACUAACACUGUAUGAUGUUUAAUGACGGAGUGAGGAGGCUGCUGAUCAACUCAUACACUCAACAAGGUUUAAAGGUAAAGUGAAAUAUGUGCAUUCUUCUCUGAGAUGACUUUUUAGGAAUAUCUGAUAGAUGAUCAUUUUGCUCACCUAGACUACUAGACAAGAAUGCUGCCUCACUAACCCCUCUCUCACACCGUCCAGUAACGUUCAGUCCCAAUGUACGUAGUGUUGGAAAUAUAUAUCCGUCCUCUUAAUGGCAUCAAAUUUCAUGGCCUGUAUUAUGCACAGCAGGGCAUAGAAAUGCAAGUGCUGUUCAUAAAUUAAUCUGAUGCAUUCCAGUUUGAGGAAACCAUAAACAUAUGUAAUGGCUUUUAAAGCUAAUUUCAGAAUGUUGAGAGAAGCAGCUAGUUUUUCACCUGUGAACUAGUGAGCGUGAUGUUCAAAACUCUUGCACUCUGAGUGUAUGAUCAAGAGCUCUGAGGUAAAUCAAAAACAAAUAAAUUGAUUCUUUGCGAGAAAGGGCUGGCACGAAAAUGGCAGAAAACGAUGCCACGCGAGGAAGUCACCAUUUAAACACAAGCUAGGUGCGCAGUGCAUUUUAGCCACCUUUCUGCUUCUCAGCACUUUCACGAUUGCUCCAUGUAACACAUAAGAUCUUGUGAUACAGUGAAGGUAAUAAUAUUUACACCAGAGAUUUGUGUCACAACUGAACAACACUGUCCUAAACUGAACACAGAGGCUAAACCUACUCUCCUACUCUUUAUAUGGUGUAUAACUGUGAUUAAAUGUUAUUGUGUGGCACAGCUGCUGGAGCUUAAACUGUUGCAAACAAUCAAUGGCUCCUUGGGACCAUCUUAAGACUCACACAUGCUUGACACAGAAGUGGGAUAAGACCUCCCCAUCUUAAUUGAUUUCCUUCAUCAAGAGGAUUUUAUUUAGUUUACUAGGUGUAGAAUAUAAGUAAUUGUAGACUAAGUGUAUUUAAGUAAAUAAUUUAAGAAUUUUAAGUUGUUGCAUGGUUGUGUUCUCAUUUUAAGCUUGUUGCUGAAGGUUUCUGUUUUGUUUUUUUUUAGAGCUGGGGUAUAAUUGUUCUUAGACUGGGAAUAAUCAGAUUCUUUAGAGAUGGAUUGAAUGUAAUGGCUAUUUUUCUAUGAGCAUUUGUUGGGCUGUAUACAUUAUUUCUACUGUUAUAACAAUGCAUUCAAUCAGUACAUUUUAGAAGGGGAUGUGUUGUUUUGUUUUUGUUAACUUGCAUAAUUAUAUUUGCUAGUGUAUUUAAAAUAAGAACCAACAGCUUUUGUAAAGCAUUGCACUCAGAAAAAUGGUUCAAUUUAUGUCCAGAAUGGCUGGCUGAUCAAACAGGAUCUUUAACUUAUUGUCUCUGUUGUUCAGUACCAGUGCAAUAUGACUGUUGAUGCUUGUCUCCUGUGCUCUACAGUACCAUGCCUUAAGGCACACAUUUGCACAUCUGACAUUUUAUUCCAUUGUGCAUUUGUAUCUGGUUUUAAUAAAAAUUAGCACUGUUCAAUCCCAUUGAAUAAAAUGUUUGCACACA